GGUCUUCCUAGGUACCGCAACUUACAAGUGCCGUGCUUCUUAGCAUGGUAGGGAAAACCCUGGAAAGUUCGAGUGGAAUGGUGAUUUUACUUGUUUCAUUGUUGUUUCUCCCGACAAGAAUAUUAAGCCAACACUCAGAUACUGUUGUUGGUUGUGGUGGUUUUAUAAGAUGGAAAACCGAUUCUUCCUAUUCUGCACUUGACUUUAAAAAGCUGAAAAUAAGUUUGUUUUCAGAAACUACUGGCACUCUAAAAGAUGUAACCGAUGUUCUCCCUAACGGGGCGUAUUCUGUUCCGUUAUACGAUGAGGGCGUCUACAGAAUUAGGUUAACUACGCCUAAAGGCUGGCAUAUCGAACCGUCAGAUGGUUACCUUCUAGACCUUGAGAAAGAACCGAAAGCUUGUCUCAAAGAUUUUGACUUCAGUAUUGUUGGAUUCUCAAUUUUCGGACAGGUAACUACUUCUGGAAUGCAAACUGGCCCACCAAAUUUAUCUGUCCGAUUAACUGAUCCAACCACUCAUAAGCAAAUACUUCAUAAUUUUACCCAAAAUCAGGGUUAUUUCACAAUAUCUCCUGUGACCCCUGGUAGCUAUUUACUCACCAUCAGCAAUCAAAACCAUGGUGAUAAAGAUCAUGCAAGAGCAUCUAUCAAUGUUACAGUCCAAUCAGAUAGUAUCGACUUGUCGGAACCAAUCAUUUUACUAGGUCAUUUCCUUCGUGGACGUGUGGUAGAUUUCAAUCAUAAUCCUCUAGUGGAUGCAAAAGUUUUCCUAUUAUGUGAUAAAGAUAAAACAGUGCCGAAAUCCUCUCUUACCCUUGACAAGUCAGUACAUUCAUAUAUAGUCGAAACACUUGGUGAAAUUCAUCACAAAUUUUCAACAGUACAAGAGUCUUCAACGGACUCAGAUGGCUAUUUUACAUUUGACCGUCUUCCGGGUGGCAAUUAUAUUCUUGUGCCUUCGUAUACACCUAAGAAGUCCAGGGUCGUUUUUUCAUUUACUCCGAAAUUCCUCCCGAUGGCAAUGGAACACACAGAUGUGGAUCUCGGACCUAAUACAUUUACUUUACAAAGCUUCAAGCUAAAUCCAGGACGUGUUACUUGGCCCAAUGGUGCUCCAAUAGCGUCAGCCAAGAUUACAAUUACAACUGGUAAUUCACAACAAUCUGUAGUAACAGAUGCUAAUGGUUUCUAUCAAUUGAAUGAUUUAACUACUGGGGAAUAUAAAUUUCAGAUUGAUGCAGAAAACUCUUUCUUUGAAACUCGUUCGAUAAAUCUAAACUAUGCACUAGAAUCUCUUCCCAACUUAAUUCCUGACAAAGUCUCGGUAUGUGGAAAUUUGAUACCAGCUGAUACAUCAAAUCUAAAACUUAAAGUAAACAUCAUUGUUCGUAGUGUCGCCAACAAUUCUGAAAUCAGCCGUAUUCAAACAAAUCUAGAAAAUGGAAUAUUUAAAUUCUGUACUUUUCUUAGUCCUGAACGUUAUUCAUUGCAUCCACAUGUUUCAGUACUGGAUGUUGAUCAACAAUCUGACGAAAUACUACGAUUUGCUCCUUCAGAAAUUAUGGUUGAUCUAACUGAAUCACCUGUGUCUAAUGUAACAUUUUCUCAGUUUCGUGCUAAAUUAUUUGGUAGAAUUAAUUGUUUACUUCCAUGCUCCUAUCACAAGACAUCAUUUUAUGCUCAAUUGACUUCAUUGCAUUCAAAUACAGUUGAACCAAAAUUAUAUGAAUUUGUACCUAGUAAAACUGACUUGCAUGUUGCUUUUUUCAAAGCCGAGGAUAUGCUUCCUGGUGAUUAUGCUAUUCAGGUUGUUUUCUAUACGGGUUCUUCACUUACCACAAUAGAUAGUUGGUGUUGGGAUCACUAUAAAAAACCAGAUGGUGAGGAAUUCCAACAGCUUGAAUCUUCCAAGAGAAUAUUUCGUAUACGUUCUGAUGAUUUACAUUAUGAAAAUGAAUCAGCUCUUGAUUUUCAUCAAACUGGUUUUCUUAUUCCAAUACAUUUUGAAUUACCGAAUUAUGUUACAAGAGUGCCUGCCGUGCUUUUAUAUGCCUCGAAUUCUUUCAAAGAAAAUAAUAAGACAAUUAAAAGUUCCAUGGUAUGGAAUUUGACUAAAACAUGCAACAAAAUUUGUCUUCCUUCACCUACGAAAGUUUACAAAAUCAGCUUGUCUAGUACAUGUUCACAAGUUAAACUUAUACAGACCACUGAAAUCAAUCCAUCCAGAGAUUGUCACCUUACAUUGCAUUCUAGCAUUCUAAUUCGCAUCGGCAUAGAAAAGCUUCCUUUUAUAAUUCAUUUAAAACUUGAUAAAGUGGCUGAGAAGUUUUCCGAGGAUUUAAAAGAACUUAUUGACACUCCUUACCCAUUUCAAGUGGAUGAUUUCGAUGUUAACUCAUCUGUAACACCUCAAUCACAAAUAGUUGAAACAUUUUGGCUUAAGAAUUCUCAAAGCAUCGAAUCUGUAUCAUCUGCAUUAGGAGUGUUUUGGACUAAUAUCAAAAACACCAUUCGUAUUACUCCUAAACCAUUGAAUUUCAAACAAAAUCAUAUGAUUCAAUUAAUAACCUAUCCAUCUAGUCAAGAUAUUGAUCUACAAUCCAAUGUCAAACAACACCAACAACAAUUUGAUGAUACAUGUAGUUUAGUUAUGCCAAUGAUUGAACCUCUUAAAUCUACUGUAAAUGAUGUACAAUCAUUAUGCACAUCACUUUUUGUUGGACAGGAUAUUGAAUUCACUCUGACAAUUGCUGCUAAUCUAAGAGGUCUUAUCGAUCCACCUACUGAGAAGGUUGUUAUUGAAUUGUUCAAGAAACUACCGCACCAUUCAGAAACUGUUUCCAUGUCUAAUCAAUUCGAUCAUCUGCUUCUACCUGUAAAUAAUGAAUCUCAGUCAUUAAAUAAAACUGAAGAAGAGAGAAAUUCAUCUAAACCAAUUGUAAUCACUCAAUCGGAUAGUCAAGGUUUAUUCUUUUUCAAUAGUCUAUCAUUAGAUGAUCAUGAAGCAUUCAAUAUUAAAUCGAUAUCAGAUAUUUCUAAAAUGUAUGACAUAUCCUUAUCUAAAGCUGGUUAUAAAUUUGAAAUGAUUAAUAAAACAGAUAUUAAACAACAGCAACAUCAACAACAACAAGUGAGAAAUUUCGAUUGGUAUGUAAAAUCAACUAAACUGUCGCUUGUUGAAGUAUUUGUCUAUAAAUAUCCUAUUUCAAAGGAUUCACGUCAACCAUUGUCAGCUGUUUUAAUAUCUAUCAUUGGUGAAGGACAUCGUGCAAAUCAUUUAACAAACGAUGAUGGUGUUGUACGCUUUAUCGGUUUAUCUCCAGGACAGUAUUAUGUACGUCCAAUGAUGAAAGAGUACUCAUUUACAGUGCAAUCACCUGACCAGUCUGAAUCCGGACAAGCUAUUCCUGUACAAGUUGUAGAAGGGAAAUCGUCUAUCAUCACAUUAUCUGCACUCCGAAUUGCCUUCUCUGUCUCAGGGGUUGUUACUUCACUAGCUGGUAUCCCAGAAUCUGGUGUUCUAGUUGAAGCUUCCUGGUUGCCGGGAACACAAAAUACAGUACAUAAUGACUUGUUGAAUUUCAAAUCAAAUCAUAACAUGACUUGUCAACUUCGACAUGAUCAAAUCAAUAUUAUUCCACGGGAACAAUCUGUAACUGAUUCAAAUGGUAUUUUUCGUAUAAGAGGUCUUAUGCCAGGUUGUGUAUACCGAAUCUCUGUACAUACAAAUCCUAACUUUGUACCAAAUCUUGUAUUGAAUCAACUGACAAAAGAGUCAAAUAGAUUAUCUUCUCGCGGUGAUGUUGAACACGCAAUUCCUGAUCAUGUGAAUUUACAGAUGUUAAACUCGGACACAGAUGGAUUACACUUUUAUAUAAUUCGUCACCUGUGUACUGCUAUGAUUACCGUUCAUGUACAGACACCGGAUAAUUAUCUGCCUACUUUACAAUUAUCUGUAUUUCCUGUUGGUCAACCAGAAAAUAUUAUUGCUAAACAUGACUUUGGUUUAGAUUCUUCAUUAUUCACUUUGUCCGGAUCAAAACUUGUCUCAAUGAUUGGACGAGAACAUGUGAUACGCUUAACAUCUGAUUUGAAACCUAAUUUUUAUCACAAUAUUAAUGCGCAAACUAUUAUUUUCAAACCGAAAUGGAAUGUUAGUGAGCGAUUUAAUUUUCAAUUCAUUCCUAAACUACGUAAUACAUUGAAUGAUUAGGUUCAACUUCUCAAUCUUGGAUCGGCUCACCUGUUUUGGCUUGCUAUUUUACUUCUAGAAUUGAAUAUUCGAAUAUUUCUUGUUUUGAUCUUUAAGAAAAUUGUUAAUUUUUGUAUAAUCUAAUGUAUAUUUUUUCCUUGUGAUACAAUCUAGGCCCUUUAUAAAUAUGUGCAACUUGUUUUUAUUUUAUCAAAAAGAAAAAAAAUUUACUUACAACUGUCUAGUUGUUUGUAAUUUUGUUGUAAAAAAUGUAUGCCGUAGUAACUAAUCGUGUAAUUGUAGUUUUAUUUGUGUAAAUCUAAUUUUUUUUUGUAACCUAAAUGUGUCUGUUACUUGUUUAUGUUUUUCUUCAUGAUAUGUUUUAUUUUGUCACAAGUCUACUUAUCUUUUAUGACGCGUGAUCUUACUUUUCAAUUUGGAGAUGAACAAUGGAAUGUGUCAUGAACAUGAAUGAAUCUUCUGUUUUUUUUUUUAUGUACCUAGGCUAACUACAUUUUGAGCAAUGACAUUUAUGAGAAGUCAAAUACAAAUAGUAUUUAUUUCA